GCCCAUUCUUUUAAUUUGAUGAAAAAUCUGUAGGGUUUACCGUGGAUGUGUUUAAUUAUGUAUAUUAUUAAAGCUAGCUGACCGGAAUAUUUUUAAUUUUGAAUUAAUUAUUGUUAAAAUGGAUCCGGUUGCUUCUCAGGCUGGUCCUAGCACCGCUUCCGACCCAGAGACUGAGAAAAAAAUUCCUGAAGAACCACCACCGUUAAGUCCAAAUGCAUUAAAAUGUGCUGCUGCUGAUUGUUUAAAUAGUUGGAUUUGUUACUUACAAAUUCUCAAUAAUAUGUGUGCAGCUGGUCUGCGCCUAUCGCAAUCUUUGGCAGUGCUUGCUUCACACCAAAACACCACUCUUGCAGCGCAGUGCGCUCAGGGUUGGGAAGAACUAUCUCGAGCAACUUUUGUUGCCACCAACUCCGUAAAAACUCACAUUGCAGCAGCCGUUCAAGAUAUGAGCAUAGGUGAAACCUUUGCGGGAGAAGACGCCCAAAGACAAGUUGAGCACAAUCAACAAAUAAUCGCCGAAAACCUACUGACUUUCGUAAAUUUACAGUAUCAAUUCAGUAUUGCUGGAUGUGAAUGUUUUGGGUCUAUGGCUUUGUGUCCCUCCUGCAAUACAACACCAGGGGGAAUUCAUAACCCAGACUGCAGCAUGGGUAUGAUGCAACAAGUCUUUGCCAGACUGUAUGCCACUGAAUCGCGUUCUCAAAUGUCCAGUCCUCAUUUCGCCGGUGAACGCAGUUCCAUGGAUAGCCCAAAAAAUCAGGACGUUGCCAAAGAAACUGCACGACAGAGUCCUCUAGCGGAAGCCAGAGGAUCUUCUCCUUAUCAAGAACCGCCUCUUCGGGGACCUAGCCCUAUACACGGGUUUUCUGAGAGCAUGAGGGGACCUGGAGCAUUGGAAACAUUAAAAGGUCCUUUUCCUACUCCCGGCCAACUUUACACAAUGAAGAUGCCGUUUCCGGGGCGCGGUUCUCGCUCUCCGUUACAUUUUCCCUUAUUUCCGCUUAAUUGCCAGCGUAGAUGGUCGGAAGCGGCCGCUCCUGACGUCGGUGGUGAAUCCGGCGAUGGUCCUAUGCGCAGAUGGUCGAUGCCGUGGGACUGCGCAUGGGUCGAAGGUACCCAGUCUACCCAAAGGUACUUGCCAUCGAAGCUGGUGGUGCCGCCUACCGGUACCAAUCAGGAGAGGAGCAGGAGUACGACGCCAGAAGCAGCACCUUCUGCUCCAGCAGGUACAAUUUCCAGCGGCGACGGUCUUGCAGAAGCUAUACAACUUUUGUCGUGCCGACCGAUGCGACAAUCUAUUCCUCAGACUCCAGGUCACCCCCUUGCUGGAUUCAUGCCACCUUGGGCGGAAUCCCAUGAAGACCGAAUGCAUAGGAGGAUGUAUCCAGGACCGGCGUCUCAAAGAGGUAAUUGGCAAUCGAUAGAUGUCCCACACUCAAGCGGCAUGUCCGUUACCGAACAUUACGACAUAUUUCCGCCCGGCAUGCCGCUAACUUCAAGGAAAUCCAGUUCAUCGACUGACUCAUCUUCGUGUCUCUCGAUUCACAGUCGAUCCACGACGAGUUCAUCCGAACGAGGAUCGUGCAGCGAAGCAAGCGGCACCGAAGCUAUUAGGCUGCAUCAAAAUUUAUACUCCAUGUGGAGCGGUAGCGAGCAUCUGCCGUUCAUUAGACUUCCAGAGUCACAGGAACCUCAAGAUGACAGUGAUACCGAUGAUCCUCCCACUGAAAAAAGUGGUGGCGCUUCGCCAUUUCCCAAGCCGACUUGAACAUGUGCUCAGGUGACUACGCGUUUGUAAUCUAUUUCAGCAAAAACUAUAUUUUUUUCUAAAUUAUUUCAAUUAAAAGGAUUAAUA